AUGCAUUCCGCCAGCGUGAAUGCCUAUCGCCCGCCCGGGCCGCCGCCGGGCAGCGGCCUACAUCGAUACACCUUCGUGCUUUUCCGCGAGCCGCCCGGGUUUUCCCUUCCCCCGGACGCAUCCGAGCUCGAUCCGAGCAUCGAGGCUCGCCGCCGCUGGGACCCCGUCGAGUUCGCCCAGCGCGCGGGGCUGACGAUCGUCGGUGCGACCUUCUACCUGGUCCGGAGUGAGGAGUAG